AAAGCCAGUUUGCAUCCUUGGGUUAAGUGACAUCUCACCUCUGGUUUGUUGUACGCAGGGUGACCCCGGCAGGUCAGAUCGAGGACGACGGAGAUUUCAGCGACUUCUACAAACUUCCCGAUGAGUUGGAUGAGUUUACGCGACUGGAGAUACAGGCAUCGCAGGAUGAGGAGCUGGCGAGAUUAUUGCAAGAACAAGAGCAUAAGAGGUCAAAGGCGGAGGUGGACCAGCAGAAGCUGCGUCGCAUCGAGCAGCAGGACGAGCAACUGGCGCGGGUCAUGCAAGAACAGGAGAAGAUACGACUCAGGAAGGCCAAACAGAAACAUCAGCUCAAGAAACAGGCUCAGAGGAAGCAAGCCGCGGAGUCGAUGCCGCUGGGCGCGUCCGCCAACACCAUGAACCAACAGCAACAACAACAAGAAGAGCACAGCCCAGUCACAGCCUCAUCCUCCGUGCCCAUCCCAGCCCGAGACAACAACAAUAGCAACAGCGGGGGUGGUGGGGGGAGUGGAGGUCACCGCUACAGGCGCAACAGCUACACACAGGCUUUCGACUCCCCUCCCUCCCCUCCCCGCUCCCAGCCCCCUCCGCGACCCUCCGCCCAAAGUCAGCGAGGAGGGGCCACGCCUCCACAGGGGAGAGGAGGUCCCCCCUCCACUGGUGCUAACCCGUCCCACCCCUCCCUCUCCUCCUCCUCCUCAUCUCGCCAGUACACACAACACGCCCAGCAACACGUGUCCCCCCCGGUGGACGUGGGCGUGUCCAGUCCUCGGCUGGGUGUGGGGGCGGGCGGUGGGAUGUCCACGCUAGAGUCGGCCCGGCGCAUCGCCGCCGGUGACCAUGAAGGGAUCAUGGCCGCCCAGAGCCAGCAACAACAGCAACAACAACACGGGCCGGGGUCGUCGCAGCGGGGAGGGUCGGGCCAGGACCGGAGCGGGUCCACCACCCCGCGCGAUGGGAUCGGGGGAGGUGUGGAUGUGAUCAGAACCCGCGGCCAUCACGCGUCGGCGGGAUCGAACCAUGGGUCAGUGUCGUCUCGGGGUGGUGGUGGAGUGGAGGCAACCAGCAGCAUGAUGAUGAUGUCCCCCUCGCAACAACGGCGUCGGCAACAGCUGGCACAAAUAGCGGACCCCGCGGCUUACGCUCACCACCACCAGCAACAACAACAACAUCAGCAUCACGGGAUGGCUGGGGGAGGGGCGGAGCUUCACGAUCAAGACGCGGAGGAAGUGAGACGCUGGCUCAGCACGCAGGAGCGAGAGGCGCGGGCCGGCCCGGCGGGCAGAGGGAGGGAAGUGGCUGGCUACGACAGUGAUGAGCAGGAUGACUCCCUGCCAGGUUCGUAUCCCAACGGGUCGUCAGGGUUCAACAUCGCGGCAGCCAUCGACCCCACGUACCAGCGGCGCCACCCUGAGGCGGCCUACAACGAGGAGACGCAGUUAAAGUCCCUGGUUCCUUUCUCUCGCUCACUGCCACAGGCUGACUCCACAGUGUCGAGUGCGUCGGGCCAGACAUCAAUGUCUGGGAUGGGCGGGGACGCUGUGAUGUCAUCGCUGCAGCCCGUGCAAGGACAGAGGCGGGGCGGCGGGGACAACUCAAAGUCCCGCAAACAGAAGAAGCCCACGUCAGCCGAGGGAAAAAAGGACAAAGGAAACUGUAAACAGCAGUAGGACCGCCAUCUUGUUUUUUCUCUCGCUGUUCGCUGGAGCCUCAGACGGCCAUCUUGUUUUUUCUCUCGCUGUUCGCUGGAGCACAGGACUGCCAUUUUGUUUUUGUUUCGCUGUCGCUGGAACUUUGGACCAACAUCUUGUAUUUCCCCGAUAGUCAGAGGGUCAUAGCGUGACCAACCUGUUCCCUUGUUGUCACUGGAACAUUUUCACCAAAACUCGUUUGAGUAGCAAUGCUACAAAAUGAGCCAUAUGUCACAUUUUGAAAAGAUAACAAUAUUGUUAUCAAAUUAAAUAUUAUCUGUUUAAGUUCUACAAGUGGAUGAAAAAAUAUUAGUCUGUCUGCUUAGACACCAAAGUAAUAGUCUUGUGAAGUUUGGGAGUGGGCUGUUGUUGUUUUUAUCGAUCGAGGAGUGGGAGUCAGAAACACAGUUGUUGAGAAAAAUCGAGGUUUUUGUCUGUUGUCUUAAAAUAACUUGGGUGCAACAAGAGACUCAUUUUGUUUCGUUGCUACACGUUUUUCUGUGAGAUUAUUUUCUUUUCGAAUUUCUGCCAAAUUCAUUUCUUUGUGUCCAAGCUCACCGAAUGGGCUCAAAGUUUGUUUUAUUCAGAACAUCAACUGUUUCAUACCUCACUGUAGGAGCAUUUAGCCACGGCUAACUCCUAGAACAGCUCAAUGUAGGAAUUCUUUCCUGUUCUGUUUGAAUCCCCGCUCACCAAAACAAAACAAAUACAGUUCAAAAACAAAAACGGCAGUAUAGUACAACUUGUACUUGAAUUGACAUUCAAGUUUUUUAGGAAAAGACUGGUUCACUCUGUCGCUCAUCUGUGAAUUUCUUCCACGUCUGUAGAGCUGUUUGUCUCUGUACGUCAAGUCCAAACAAAAGUACAGUAGGACUCUGGCUCCAGCUACAAUAUAAACAAUCCAAGUUUUCCAAGAAAAUCUAUGUAUUCAUAACAUCAUUGUUGGAUUCUUUUUUCGACUAUUGAAAUUAUACACACUAACGUAAUGGUAUAUUAUGGUGUGGGCACAUAAUAGUGUAUAGUAUAGAAAUAGAAUGGUGUAUGGUAAUAAAACACAAUGGUGUAUGGUAAUAAAACACAAUGGUAUAUGCUGGGGAAAGGGCUAUAGCACAUACAGCAUUUUGCAUCGUCAUCAAACAGUUUUGAUUGUGUUACGGUUGGCCAUUUGGCUAGUGUGCACGCAAAGAUGUGACUGUGGUUCCUGUGUGUGGAAGUUAUGUUCUCAAGUAUCCC